AUGGCAGACAGCACUUACCGGUUGUUCGAGCGCGAUACCUGCCUCCAGCCAACCGGCCACUGCUUCUUCUCUAUACUCCCUGAAAGUCUGAAGACCGAACGGGUGAGCGUGGAUUCAUCGGCUCCUCCAGAAGAGACUGUGGCUUGGAUGCUGACGGACCACGAUGCCGUUGCGGUAAGACAAGAAUGGACAACACGGCGGAUCUAUACGGAUAGGAAGCUCUGCGGGGUUCCAGAGUUGAUGUCGGUGAUAUUGAUUCGGCAACCACGAAGGUCGGCGGUUAUCGUUCCUCAUAGUGAUCCUAGAUCUAGACAGGAGAAAACAGACGUUCUAUACCUGUGA